AUGCUCGGUUGCUACAGCUUGACACACGACGAUGGCAUCGAUCGGGUAGUUCUUCUUUUUGCUGAUGGAGUCCGAUGGAUCAGGGAACAUCGUGGUUGGGAAUCUGCGUCGGCGAACACAGCGAGAUGGUCAAGGGUGUUGAAUUUGGUAAGCUCUUUCGGCAGCCUUGACGGUGCAUUCCCAUGCAGUGCCAUGCCAGGGGCGAUGCAGCUGGGAGUUCUGGGACUCGGGAGUAUUCGUAUCCCAUUGCUGUCCAAGGCAAAGCAGAUUUCGAUGAAUCAGAGAUGUGACAAAGGCGAGCAGCAGGAAUAUCCGUAG